ACAGGAGAGAGGUACAACGGAGUGAGAUGGAGAGAAGAGGAUGUGUAUAGUGUCCAGUCUGCCGAAGUUGUCUGCUGCCAAUAUGUGAUGUGUGGCUCUCCACUUGGUCUGGAGUGAAACCUUAACAAUCUACCCAGGACCUCAGACAACCCAGGUACGUUUGGAUGCUAACUCACUAUUUGACUUAAGCCUGUCUGUGACUGCCUCUCACUACCUUUUCCUCUCCAGACCAUGUCGGUCCCCCAGGACCUCCUGCCAGACGGCAGUCCCCUGAUUGGAGCAGCGAGGCUGGGGAAGCUUCGCCUCGUUAGGCUGCUCCUAGAGGGGGGUGCCCAGGUCAACGAGAGAAGCCCAGGAGGAGAGACUCCUCUCCUGGCAGCGUGUAAAGCCCUGAGAGGGGAACCCACCGGACCUGGAACCCUGAAACUGCUCAGAUACCUACUAGACAACCAGGCAGACCCUAAUGCCCAGGACCGGUCAGGCCGUACAGCUCUGAUGUAUUCCUGUAUGGAGAGGGCUGGAGCUCAGCUAGCCUCUACUCUCCUCUCAGCUGGAGCUGACCCCAGUAUGGAGGACUACUCUGGAGCUUCAGCUAUGGUCUACGCUAUCAACGCACAGCACCAGCCUACACUACAGGUGCUGCUGGACGCAUGUCGCGCCAAAGGCCGUGACAUCAUCAUCAUCACUACGGAGAUGGGUGUGAGCGGAGGGCCGGUGACGAGGCGCUACCUGAACGUUCUGCCGUCUCCCGAUGCAUCACCUGUCACCUGCAUGUCACCCUCUGACAUCAUCAUCAAGACGGGCUCACCUAACUCACUUGAGGGAGAGAACGUGUUCAAUUUCAGAGGACCAGGUUAGAGGGAGGGAGGGAAGGUGUUAAACAUCUCAGGAACCUGUCUCAUACUUUCUUAUCUCAUCCCAGGUAAGAGGGGGAGUGGCAGCAGCAGCAGAUUCUCCCCAUGUGAGCUGAGUCCAGUGGACCAGUCCUGUAUCCCCCCUCCCAGACAGCGACAGUGGUCUGAACCAUGGCUAGCUAUUCACAAUCUGGCUCGACUUAACAAGGUCUACCAAGAGGGAAGGAGGGAAAGGAAGGUAGAGGAAGAGGGAGGAGAGGAAGGAGGAAAGGGAGAAAAAGGUUCUCUUCAGCACGACUUUAAGAAGGAAAGGAGGGAGAAGGCCGAGCUAGAGGAAGAGGUGGGAGAUGACAAGGAGAGUCAAUCUGUCCAUCUCUACCAUAAGGAGAUAUCUUCCGGGGCCUCUUGCUCUCUCCUCUUUCCUACAGAGGAGCACCUUUCCCAGGCAGCCCAGAGCAGACUGUCCCCUGAGAGGAGGCUAGCCCCUGGAGGUUCCACCUUGGAUUUAUACAAAGAACACCCCAGUACUCAAACUGCUUUACAUUGUAGAGGGGGAUCUAAUCUCAUCGGAGGCGACCCAAUGACCCGGAAGUGCUCCGUGGACAGACUUCCUCCCUGCUCUCCCUCUCGCUGGCAGGGGGCUCGUAGGAACACCCUCCCAUCCUUGACUCCAGCUCCACCCCUUCUUCAUCUGCCUCCCCUAUCAUGUUAUGAGUCUCACCUACAGGUCCCGCCCCUUGGCCUACCUGUUGCAGGUUUAGGUAUGGUGUGUCGGACGCAGCUGCCCUCCUCCCCUCUUUCUCCCACUCCCCCCCUCUCUAUUCCCUUUAAAGCAAUAUUUAGACCAGGCUUUCUGCCUUCUCUACCCCUCUCUACCUCUUCCAUUUCUGCUCUCCUUCUCUCCACCUCCUCCUCAUCCUCCUUUGUUCCCGCUCUCCCUCCCUCCAGUGGGAGGUCACCUCGACGUCACUCUAUCCAGCUGGAGCCGCUGAGAGGAGAGGAGGAGGAAUAGAGGAGACAAGAGGGAAAGGAGGAGCAGGAGUGAGACCCUAUGUUAGCUGUUGUGGUGUGUGUAGUUACUUGUAAUAACCUCUAGAGCAUGCUGGACACUUAUUUAGUGCUUGCUGACCUCAAUGUGUGGAUUCAUAUCAACAGUCUAAAGCAGUAAUCUCCAAUCCAAAUAAUUUGUUUGAAUAAUUUGUUUAUUAGAUAUUUCCUAUUUAUACUAUAUGGAUAAUAAAACCCAUCCUUUAUUCA